AAAUUCAUUUCAGUUCGAAAUUUAAAAAAAAAAAAACAGGUUUAGAGCUCUUCUGAAUAUCCCUUACGCCAAGUUUGUAAAUAAGAAAAUUUUAGGCAAAGCGAAACAAGAAAACCAAUUACUAUUUUAAAAGCAGGCGAAUCAAGAGAAAAUAUAUAAGUAGUUUCUCAUCUAAAAUAUAAAAUGACACUCCGGAUAACAGUAGAAUUCAGGUAAUAAUGUUGUUUGGGUUUUUAUAGUUUACCGAGACAAAAUUUUCAAUGAAAGUACUUAUACUUAUACUUAUAAUUCUGGUUCUGUUAAUGUUUCAUUGCUGCAUCCAUGUACUGGCAUUUUUGCAACGGUUGGGGGUAUGAUGUUGCUAUUCUAAUAGCUCCUAGCUGAUGCCAGGGCAGCCUUGAAGCUUCCGACUGAUGUCGAGUUCAUAGUUGCAUCAUUCAUAGUUGCAUCGUUCAGGUUGUUCCAUGCUAUUAUUGUUCAUGGAAAGAAAGAUUGUUGAUACUGCACUGUGUUGCACUGAGGCACUUUGAAGCAUUUGCAAUUGUUUCUUGUGUAAUUAUAGUGUGGUCAAUUAUAGUGUUAUAGACUUAUACUAUUCAUCUUAUUAUAAAAUAAAGAUUAUUAAAGAUAAAGUUUAAUCAUAAAAGUAUUAUUAAUAAAGUGGUAAAAGUGGAGUUCAGGUGCAUAUAUUAUUUCUGUUUGAAUUUCUUAUUUUUGAGUGUAAACUUAUGUUAAUUCUUUUUAAAAAGUAUUUUAAAAGUAAAAAAAUACCAUCUUUUUAGUGGAAUGCAACAACAAUUAAACAAAUUUUACGAGAUAAAAAAAGUACAUUUUCAUGAAUCUUUUGUAUUUUAUGGAGCCAUUGUGGUAAAUCAAGGAUAACUCUUCUGUCUUUAAAGAUAUAUUAUAAAAGUUGCCCAAUAAGAUGAAUCUUUGUUAAAAUAAAUGUUGUAUUUAUUUUAAAACAUUACUAUCAAAUAUAACCGGAGUUUCCCGGGAUUGCAUUCAGAAAAAAACAUCUGCUACUUCCUUUUAAUUCACAUUGCUAUUAAGUAAGCAAAAUUUCAACAACAAAACCACAACACCAUAUUUUUUUAAAAAAUUAUAAUUAAUUUGUCUCCUAUAAAAACACUUGGAAUAACUUAUGUAAACCUUUUGUUUUUUCGAUGGCAACCCAUUGUCCAGAAAGAUAAUGAUGGGAUCCUGAUUCUGGUAGAAUUUUGGUCAUGGUGGUAUCACGAUCCCGGUAGAAUCCCGGUCACGGUGGAUCCCGAUCCCGGUGGGAUCCUGAUCCCGGUGAGAUCCUGUUUCCGGUGGUAUCCCAAUCCAAAUGAGAUCCCAAUCCGGUGGGAUCCCAUUUGCGGUGAGAUCCGGAUCUCGGUAGGAUCUCAAGCCCAGUGAGAUCCCGGUGGGAUACCGGUUCCAACGAGAUCCCGUUUCCGGUGAGAUCCAGAUCCCGGUAGUUAUAGAGAACUCUCAUACUUGACAUGCGUAGCCAGUUUACAACCCACAUAGCAAUUGUUACGAGUGCCUUACGAGAAAUUCCAUAGUUGUAUUAAAGUUUUUUGUUGCCUCACAAAGUUAGCGUAUAAACCAAAAAACUGCACCAUUUAAAAUUUCAAUAAGCUUUUAGAUCCGAUUAUAUAUCCCCAUAGAACAAUAUAGAACUUUCUGGAACAUUCUAGAUUAAAAUUAAUACCCUCCUUGAAAUAUGUAAAAAAUGUCUUUUCUAAGUAAUUAUUUUUGGAAUACCGUUACGAAAAAUUAUACAACAAAUGCACUUCUAUACCAAUAGUAUUUUAGGUUGAAAGAGGGGCCCCAGCGGUGGCCAUUCCAUAAUUGUACUGAAUUAGCCUGGGAUAGGGGCCGUAUAAAAAUCUAUCAGUAUCAGAUAAAUAAUAAAGUUAAAAUUUAAAAUUUGUCCCAUAAGAAAUCUAGUAAAAAUGCCAUAGAUAAAGCUUUUUAAAAUUAUCGCACUUUCUGGAAAAUUCAGGAUUGGAUCUAAUAUGGACAAUGAUGGGUAUUGCUACAAAACUAGGCCUAGAUCCAUCAAUUCACAUAGAAUCUAUAGUGUUGAUAUUUAUAUAGCUUAUAUAAGGAAAAAUUAAACGGGGCCCCCAGCCCCAGAGGAAUGGAUGUUAUGAGUUCAGUACCCUUCAGUAUUUGAAUAUGAAUAAUCACAUGUAUGAGAGCUAAGUUCGGUCAAGAUCCAUUUAUUCAUGUAGGAGUAUUUGUUGGUCCUUUUAUUUAUAUAGCUCAUAUAAGAAAAAAAAGGCUUAUGCCUAAAGAAAAGCACAAGUUAACACACACCUGCACUUAGAUGCUCUGUAUUUAGUAGAUAGAAAGACAUAUCUAGACAUGAUCUAGAUAAGUUCAUAGCCAUUUUGAUUUAUAUGGGCAUGUAUAAAAGGCCAGCUCUUGUGGAUUAUUGGUCUAUGUCAGCUGAAUCAUAUUUCCCUUGGAUACACCAUGUAUUUAACAGAGAGAGGGUCGAUGAAACAUCCGCAGGCAAGGAUAAAAUUGAACCUUUUAUGAACCUACACCUGAGUAAGUUCAGAAUGCAUUUCCCUUUCUAGAACUUAGUAAAGAUGAAAUGGUAAUGAUAGGUUAUAAGGGGAGAUAGCAGUUUAAACAAUGCAAUGUCAGUAAGCCUAGCAAGUACCACAUAAAAACAUUUGGUAUGUGCGAGUUCUCCAAUGGUUAUGUUGUAGAAAUUUUGACAUAUUUUGUUGCAAACACUUCAUAUGACCUUGAGCAAGUUUCCUCCGUAAAGUACCUGGGUGUUACCAUUCAAAGAGAGGUCCGCUGGGACGAGCAUAUUAACAAUGUAUGUAACCAAAGGCGAAAUCUAAAAAUAAUUCCAGUAUUAAACAGAAACUUGUCCCUCUCCCCAUAGACAGCGACGAGGCCAUGACAGGCAAUUCAGGCUCAUACCAGCAAGAAGCCAGUAUAGGAGCUGCUCAUUCCUGCCCAAGACAAUCAGGGACUGGAACAAUCUUUCAAAAGGAACGGUUGAGGCGACAACACUAGACACAUUUGUGUCUAUUGCCUCAAGCCUUCAAACCCCUAGUGCAUGAUUCCCUCACAAAGUGGCACUGGAAAUCUGUGAAAUUUCCUCAUCAACACCAGGAACAGAAACAUUGCAAAUCCCAUCUACAUGCAUAGGAGCCAAAAUGAUCAAUAAAUUGAUCGUGGGCCCUUAAGAUAAAGAAGAAGAAGAAAAGAAGUAGUAGAUAGUGAUGGAGGACAAGUUUUUCACACUCUGCUCCAAUAUGUAAGAACUGGUCACAAACUUUUUGCUGACAGAUACUACACAGUCAGAAAACUCCCUGCUAAAAAUCAAUAUACAGGAACUCUUAACAUUAAGAGUGUUGGCUUUCCAUUGGAGGUAAAGUCUUUAUCUUUACAAUUGAAAGAAAUGAAUUGGUACCUUAACAACACAAAAAGCAUGCUUUUGUGUUGCUUUAGGAGAUAAAAAGAAUAUUAAUAAUGUGUCGACUGAUGCAAGGGUACAUACUAGCAACACCAAGAAAAUGGACAAACCUGAAAUGAUUUACAUUAAUAAUUUUAAAAAAAAUGAAUGACUGAUAAACUAAAUCAGAAGGUAACAUACUACUCUGUGUAUGAAAGAAAAACCAUAAAAUCACCCAGGUGAAUUCCUACAUUUUGUGUUAACUAUGGCAAGCAGCAGAUCAAAACAGAAUGAGUCCAAAGACAAUAGACUUACAUUGAUAGGUCAGCUAACUGGGAAUGUAGCAUUUGAUCCAAUGGGAAGAACACCAGGAAAGGUUCCAGAGACAGAGCCCAAUAUUUUUUUUUGGGGGGGGGGUUAUAACUUUCCUGGUUGGAAUUUGCAGAUUCCUGGCCUGAAGCCCAAGUCCCCAUAUCCUGUCCUACACUCUGACUUCAUGGACAUGAUUAACAACCAUGGUCUGGAACACCUGGCUAAAGAACCCAUGAGAGGGGAAACACUUUUGAUCUAUUCCUAACCAACUGUCCACACCUCAUCCCAAGAUUUGAGGUCAUCCCCGGUAUAUCAGACCACUGCAUACCACAUUGUGAAUUUAAGGUCAGCGCACUAAAAAAGAAGCAGGUCAUACGAGACAUCCCCAUUUAUGUCAAGACAGAAUGGGAUAGCCUGAGAAGUGCAGUGAGCUCUAACAUGCAGGAGAUUAGUGUUGCUUUAGGAACACCUCUAGUGUUGGCAGCACGCUUCGUUCAUUCGCUCCACCAAUGGUGACAGCCCAGUGUUUCCAGCAUGCUGCCAACACUAGAGGUGUACUUGUAGCGGUUAAGGAUGAAGCAUGCUGCCAACACUAGAGGUGUACUUGUAGCGGUUAAGUACGAAGCAUGCUGCCAACACUAGAGGUGUACUUGUAGCGGUUAAGGACGAAGCAUGCUGCCAAUGCUAGAGGUGUACUUGUAGCGGUUAAGGAUGAAGCGUGGUGCCAAAACUGGAGGUGUACUUGUAGCGGUUAAGUACGAAGCAUGCUGCCAACACUAGAGGUGUACUUGUAGUGGUUAAGGACGAAGCAUGCUGCCAACACUAGAGGUGUACUUGUAGCGGUUAAGGACGAAGCAUGCUGCCAACACUAGAGGUGUACUUGUAGCGGUUAAGGAUGAAGCAUGCUGCCAACACUAGAGGUGUACUUGUAGCGGUUAAGUAUGAAGCAUGCUGCCAACACUAGAGGUGUACUUGUAGUGGUUAAGGAUGAAGCGUGCUGCCAAAACUGGAGGUGUACUUGUAGCGGUUAAGUACGAAGCAUGCUGCCAACACUAGAGGUGUACUUGUAGUGGUUAAGGACGAAGCAUGCUGCCAACACUAGAGGUGUACUUGUAGCGGUUAAGGAUGAAGCAUGCUGCCAACACUAGAGGUGUACUUGUAGCGGUUAAGGAUGAAGCAUGCUGCCAACACUAGAGGUGUACUUGUAGCGGUUAAGGAUGAAGCAUGCUGCCAACACUAGAGGUGUACUUGUAGCGGUUAAGGAUGAAGCAUGCUGCCAACACUAGAGGUGUACUUGUAGCGGUUAAGGAUGAAGCAUGCUGCCGUUGCUGGACUGUGGCCAAUCUGUCAAAGCUCCUCUGGGUGAAUGGGUCCCAGACUGAAUAUGCGUCAUCUAAAAAGGGUUUAUAUGCCUUUGUCUCUCAGGCCUGAGUUUUGCUGAUCUUUAGAUUUCGCCGUAAGAACCCCAGGGUCUUGUUUGCCUGGUUGCACACAUUGUUAAUAUGUUCGUUCCAGCGAAAAUCUCUUUGAAUUCUAACACCAAGGUACCUUACUGAUGAAACUGGCUCAAGGAAAUGGCCAUGCAGUUUGUAAGAGUGGUGUAGAGUGGCUCUACUUUUGGAGACUGACAGUGUCUGGCACUUGGCAGGAGGAAAUCCCAUGUCCCAGCUCAUCUUCCACUCAGCUAACUGAUGGAGAUCCUGUUGUAGCUGGUCCUGGUCAUAUCUGUUGGAGAUCAUCCUGUACACUGCAGUGUCAUCUGCUAAUAGUCUUGCUUGGGAUGUCAGUUUCUCGGGUAGGUCAUUGAUAUAUGCUAGGAACAAACAGGGGCCUAGCACCGAGCCCUGGGUAAACCCUGACUUAACAUAAAGGUGGAGCUUGUACCGUCCACCACUACUGUCUGGCUUCAGUUUCUGAGGAUCCAUGUUUUGCUUUGAGAAGUCGAUCACCAGCACGUCAGUUUCCUUGCUCUUCUCCACAUUGGUCAUCAAGUCUUCUACAAAUUCAGGGAGCUGGGUCUCACAUGAUCUGUUUACUCAGAAGCCAUGCUGACAGUCAUGGAGUAUAUUGUGGCAUUCAAGAUGCCUCAUGACUGCGCUUACUGUUAUGUGCUUAACAGUUUGCAUACCACGCUGGUGAGAGAUACCGGACGGUAGUUGGCAGCGUCGGAAUGCUCUACAGUCUGUUGGAACAUUGUCUGUGAAAAGCAAUGAUUGGAAGAGGAUUGUCAGUGCAGGAGCGAUUUCAUUGGCUAAUUCUUUGAGCCCUGGUGGUUUGAUGUUGUCGGGACCACAUGCUUUGUAAGGUUUAAUGGUUUUGAGAAAGGCCAGCACACCCUGCUCUGAAAUCUGGAUAUCUUCCAUGAGAGGGUAGGCUCUGCUCAUUAUUAUGGUCUUCUGAUGGAACUCAACCUCUGUGUACUCUCUACUGUUAUGUACUGUUAUCAGUAUGGAGAAAUUAAAUGCUUAUUUAAGUACACAACAAAAGACACCAUAUGUUAAAAACAAUAACAAAGAAUAUGAUAAUCAAACCAGGGCUAACUACAAAUAAAUAAGUUUUAUUAAGUAAAUAAUAAAUAACAAAAUCAAAAAGAAAUAUAAUUAAAACUAUUGACUUAAAUACUGUUUGGCUUGUACCAGUACCAUGUUGAAUAAAACACAAUGUGCAAAAAGGGGUAAAAUGGUGAAAAGAAAUCUAGAUCUACACACACACAGUAAACAGAGCUCUCUAGCCAAGAAAGCACACAUUUAAAAUAACUCUGGUCUUGUCAUUCAAUCUCUCGGCUUAUAUAUAGCCUGUUUCUUAAAUGCUUCCAUAGGCCAGACUACACAUUGCAAUCGUCUCUUUAACCUUCUACAAUAUUCUACAGAAUUCAAAUAAUAAACAGACUAUGGAUUUUUUGUUAGGUGUAGCCGAGGUCAAAGGGAGACUAUAAUCAGUAAACUACUCCUUACUAAUAACACAGUGCAGCCGAAUUGGGCUCAGCUUAAGUUUAUUCACCAGAAAAGAUGAAUGAAAGUAAAUGGGGCGUCUAUAUAUAACACAACCGUCACCAAAGAUCAACUGGAACUGCUGAUUGAGUAUGUCUGCCUGUGCUUUUGGGUAAGAUGUCAAAGGGUCAUCCCACCUAAGGGAGAAAACUCCAGUGUUUGAGGACUUUUGGUGCUUGAUGUAGCUCCAGAAAUGCUUGUUCUUGACACCAUUGGUCAGAGUGUCUUCCUCUGAGAAGAUGCUGCUCAGGUAGUUCCAGUAAGAUCUAUGCAGUAAGCGUUGGAUGGUUCAGAUGGCCUCAACACCUCGACUUUCUGUUCAAACUAGCCAUUCUUCUUCAAUCGCUUGUACUGGCGGUCACUUCUGUGGAAGAACCUAUGGAUUUAAGCCAUGAUCCAUGUCUGAUUUGUCUUAGGUUUGGUGGUCUUGUGUGGUAUGUAGUCAUUCACUGCAUCAGUAAUUGUUGUCUGAAUCUAUGAUCAUCCAGGCUUUCCAUGAAGUACAAGAUAAAAAAACGGGGAAGUCAACUGCUCCAAAAAUAAACAAAAAUCCGUCCCUCUCCCCCCUAGACAGUGACGAGGCAUUAAUUGGCAUUACCUGCUCAUAACAGCAAGAACAUGGUGCAGGAACUCCUUAUUCCUACCAAAGUCAAUCACGGACUGGAACAAGCUUCCAAAAGGAACAUUUGAGACAACAACACUUGACACAUUUGCUUCUAUUGCCUCAGGCCUUCCAACCCCCAGUUCCCGAUACCCUUGCUGAGUAACCAGUGAAAUAUCCUCUUCAAUAUCACGCACAUAAACAUAAAAUAUUCCCUCUCCAUGAAUAGGAGCCAGAAUGAUCAGUACAUUGAUCAUGGGCCCAUAGAAGAAGAAGGGGAGAGACAAUAGAAUCGCAACACAUCAUAGAUUACUAAGAAUGGAACUGCUGGUGUGCCUAUUGCACUACUGCUACUGAUAAUAAACAGAUAGGCACACACUUUCAUUACACUGAUUGUCAGGCCAAACCUCACCUUCAUCCUAAAGAAUGCUUCAUGGUCUUUCACUCAAAAUAAUGGCCUGAUUUGUUUAUAUAAUAAAUAUUUUGUGUUCUUAUAUAAUAAUUUUUAUUAUUAACUUCUGGAACAUUUAUUCAAGGCACCUGUGUUGAGAAAAAAUUCAUAACUAAGCUAUAUUGAUCAAAACUUUCCUCAUACUUCUGUUUUAUAAUAAGGCUUAUUUGUUGAAAAAAUGAUAUUGAUUGGAUUAUUCUUACCUGAUUUAUGGGCUGGUGAGUGGAAUUUUUUUUACCCCUAAAUUUUUUAUUAAUAUUCUCUGUUCAAUUAGCUAAAUUCUGAUAAGCUACAUGACAAAGGUUUGAUAAACAGAAAGCGGGGAUUUUAAGUUAAAAAUCAUCAGGUCGAAUGAAAUUUUAGUCCUUUAAUUUUACUAUGCUCAAGUGAUAAAUGUGACGUAUUGAAUGUUUUAACAAGUUGUAUAAGAUUUGAUGUUUCUUGUUAAUCUGAAUAAGUUAGAAACUGAGUUUGUUCAGAAGACAAAAUCAGUAACCCUACUCCUACGUCUUUGUUGAUUACCUUUGCCUGCCUGCACUGCAUCCUAAUUACUCUAUAAAUCCUUCUACCCCUAUGACCUAAUAACUAUAUUAUUUAGAUAGCAUUAUUCUUUUAUUUCAGUGGUGGUGCAGAAUUGUUGUGCAGAAAUGUCAAGAAGCACAGUCUUACUUUACCAAAGAAGGAAGAAACAUGUAAAUUAUAAUUAUCUUUAAAUGAAAAUCAUUCAUUUUUAAAAAUAAACUAUCCUUAAAUUAAGUAGAAAAAUAACAUUAUUCAAUUUUUACACAUGUAUAUUAUGAAUGUCAGAUGUUGUUUGUCCGUCAAAUCAACAAGGACCAUCUAGUCAUCCAGUUAGGGGUGGGGUGGGCCACAGUGAGUGCCUAGGUGGCUUACUAGACAGAUCCGCACUCGGAAUAGUCUGGCACCGCGGGCAGGGGAUAGUUGCGGAAGUCGGUCGUCUGAGGCUGCCUUUUCGGGCCAGCCUGCCUUUCUCAGCUUUCGCCAUCUUCUGGCUUCAUGAGAUUGAUCUCCCUCCUUGUAAGCUGAUAUUCACUCGCUCUGAGCUGUCCUGGGUUGUCUGGGUACCCAUUCAAUAGGGUUGUUCUUGAAGGCCUUUAGUGAUGCUUUCAGCAUGUCUUUAUAUCGUUUUCUUUGACCUCCUGGAGAGCGCUUGCCUAGCACAAGUUCAUUGAAGAGUAGCUGUUUAGGAAGCUACGUGUCCUGCCCAAUACAGUUGAGACUGCUUCAGGGAGGUGAAGAUGCUAGUUCCUCUGUGUCAGGCACUUUGUCUUGCCACCUGAUGCCAAGGAGUUUCCUUAGGCAGGUUGUGUGAAAGUGGUUUAGUUUCUUGACGUGACGCUGGUAGAAUGUCCACGUUUCAAAUCCGUAGAGCAAUGUCGAGAGGACUGCUGCGCUAUAUACCUUGAUCUUUGUUUCAUGUCUGAUACCCCUCCUGUCCCAAUGGUGCUGCUGGGGCCUGCCAAAUAUUGCACUCGCUUUUGCAAGUCUGGCAUUCAUUUUGUCAUCCAUGAUGACAGAUCUGGAGAGGAUGCUUCCCAAGUAGGUAAAUUUUUCCACUGCGUUUAGAUGCUGUCCGCUGAUGGUGAUGCUGGGUUCAAUGCAGGGCUUCCUGGAAGAUGGCUGAUACCUUAAUUUUCUUUGCGUUGUUAGGCCAAAGUUGUUGAAGGCCUCAGAGAAGAUAUCAACGCUGUGUUGCAUGUCGGCUUCUGAGGCAGCGUUGAGCUCACAGUCGCCCGCAAUCAGUAUCUCGUUGAUGGUGUUACUCCUAAGGUUGAAGUCUGAUCCAUCAGUCUGAAAACAGAUUGGCAACCCUGUGGUGGAGUUCUUGAACGUAUCAGACAGCAUUGCAGAAUACAUGAUACUGAAGAGUGUGGGAACCACGACACAGCACUGCUUCUCUCGAUUUGGGACAGGGAAUGCUUGAGAUGACAGACCGUUGUCCUGGACUUGGGCCAUCAUGCAUCUGACGGAUGAUGCUGGUGAACCUAUCUGGGCAUCCGUACUACUUCAUGAUUUUCUGUUGGCCAUUUCUGUUGACUGUGACAAACGCCAUAUUCAGAGGAUUAUAGGACAGUAUUUUGCUCCUGGCCGCAAACACCAUGUCGAUAGUCCUGCGUUCUUUGCGAAAACCGCAUUGACUUUCGGGUAGGAUACCUAGCUCCAGAUGUGCUUUCAGGCGGGCUCGGGCCAAGAUCUUGCCUGCAAUGGACAACAGUGAAAUUCCGCGGUGAUUGUCACAGGCCUGGUGGUUUUCUUUGUGUUUGUACAGGUGGAUAAUGAAGGCAUCUUUGAAGUCCUGUGGUACAGUUUCCGUCAGCCAGCAGUUGAAGUGGAAGAGAUGACAGUGAUCAGGUCUUCAUAAAACUUAUCCAUAGUUUCUUCUGUAUUUGUCAUGGUGGGUGCAUAGGCACUGACUAUGGUGGCUACCUUCUUUCCAUGGCAAAGGGGGCAGGGAAGUUUCAUCGUCAUGAGACGGUCAUUGAUACCUUUUGGGGAGCUUGCUUCCAAGAGAGGUUUUGAUAGCAAAGCUGACUCCAGCUUCUCACCUUGCGUAAGAGUCACGUCCGCUCCAAAAGAAAGAAUAGCCAGCAAGGCAUUUCUGUGAGUUCACCUAUAUCAGAGAGUCUGGUUUCACUGAGAGUAGCGAUGUCUAUGUUGUAUCUGGCAAGUUCAUGGACAAUGAGUGCUUUGCGUCGUUGAGGUCUGUUAGAAUUGUCCCUGUCAAGCAGGGUGCGGAUAUUUCAUGUGGCAAUUUUAAGUGAAAUCGAGUUUUUCUGUUUUUCGACAUCAAAAUUGGGUCACCGCAAACCGCGGUUAGCCGGCCAGGGUGUUAAGUAGUAGGCAAUGUUCGGGGCACCUUUCCUAGCCCCUUCCUCAUGCAGGAAGGUGAGCAGUGCUGUCCUGAAAAGGGCUGCUCAGACACUCAGGUGGCUGCCAAACUCCACUUUUGCUCCGAUCAGUGAAGAACAACCCUAUAGCUAGUGUCGCCUGUGUGCAGCUUUCGGCUAUGGCUCUACACCUGUCGCAUCGCUGCUUGCCCAUCGUCACAGGACUUAGGAUGAUGGCUGCUGGGUGACUGAUGACUUUUUUUAAAGUGAGGAAGAGUUGUGCAUCGUCAACCGCACUCUUACGUCCUGACCCACCCGUGUCAAAUGGCAAGAGUAAGUCAAGAUGAACAGAGAUGGGUAUGGAUGUCAGUUGUAAAUUGUAGAUGUCAAAUGGUAUUGUUGUAUUUAACAUGUUAAAUCACAACCCGAAAAAUGUACAUGUUUUUUUGCUCUUUUGGCAUGUUCCUUUUCAAAUGUUAUCUGAAAAAUUCCUUUUGUCAUGAUUGAAAAAGGCAGUGCAAAUGCUUGCACCCUUCUUUAUUUGUUCAUUUCACUUCAGAAGGCAACACUUGUAAACUAAGACAUUAACUGAUUGGGAAGUAAAUGGUGGUAGUUGGAUUAAAUUUUAUUCAGCUUACUGUUAUCUGUUUAUGCAAUAAGUUGAAUUUAUUCCUAAGGAAUUAUAAAAUAAGAUAAAGCUUUAUAAAGGACAAAAAAUGUUGCUAACCAGAGCUAGAACUUGUUUUAUUUUUUCUUUAAAUAUUCAUUGAUGUCUAGCUUAUGUCUAUAUAUAAUUGCUGAAGUCUGCAGAGUCAUUUGUCUUCGCUUUCAGAUGCUAGAUUACCAUAACAAAUAUAGGUACCAGACAUUGCAUUCAAGUAUAUAAUAUAAUAAAUUUUGUUCUAUUGCACAGCCUACGCGAUGUCAUAUACGUGACAUGUAUUGUGUAAACAACUACUUAUUUAUAAGAAUAUUACAAUUAAAAGAUUUAUUUUAUCUUAUUAACAGGGCUAAUACGAAACUUAUUAAAAUGGCUUCAAGAAAAUAUUAUCAAAGAGAGACCAGAGCUUUUCAUACAGGGAGACACAGUGUAAGCAUUGCAUGCAUAAUAUCAGUUGCAGAACAUUUUUAACUCUUUGGGAAAAAAAUUCUGUUUGAAACAUAGGCAUGUAAAAGAUAUCUUAAUGUACCUACCGGUACUACCAUAGAUAAUUUGCCUCUUUGAAGGAAUUUAUAUUGAUUAUGAUUUGCUUAACCCUUUCAGCUGCAUAUAUUGCAUAUCCUGUCUCUAUCCACCAGUACCUGUAGCACACCCGUACACUUAUUAUAAUGGGAAAAAGUGUUUCUGUUGAUUCCUGCCAACUGGGUGGGUUACACCAGCCCAUAGUCUUUUAUCACAGUAAAUGACUCUCUUUAUGUUAUUUUCUUUUUACAAUGUGGCAUGAUUUUGUUGACUUGAAACCAAAAUCCCUUCAAAGAUCACAUAGCAUCUUUCACUGAAGCUAAGGAGACUCGAGAUAUCACUGUUAUCAGCAAUCCCAGUCUGUGUCCUCCCAGUGUAUUACACCCAGUUGAGGUGGAAUGGGUUAAACCAGAAUAUCUAGUCGGUGGAGUAAAGCAAUCAAACUAUCAAUUUAUUACUAAAAUAUAUUUUUUUAUUCUCAUUAACAAGAGAUAGCUUGCAUGAUUUAUUGUUUCUUUGAAGUGCUAUUAUUUUUAUUUUCAACACUUAGUUAUUUCAUUUAAACGGUAAGUACCUUUUAUUAAAGUCAAGUUGCUGCUUUCAUUUACAUGCCAAAAAUCAUGUAAUUUUCAGAAGGCCGGGUAUUCUUGUUUUAAUCAAUGAUGCCGAUUGGGAGCUCAUGGUAAGUUGAAUUUGUUACUAUACGAUAAAUAUACAAAAAUGUGUACUAAUUUUAAUUCUUUAUACCGUACCCAAAACUAGUAGAGUUUUUGCUAGCAGAAAAAAGGGAAUUCUUGGGAGGAAAGAGAAGCUGAGAAAGUUGUUGAAGACAGAAAGUGAAUUUCAAAGGAAAAACCAGAGAAAAUGUGUUGCUGGCCUAUAUGGAAGUUAAGAGACCAAAAAAAAAAUAAUUGAAGUGUUAACCAAGUCCAAAGUUAAUUAAUGGAAUGCAUCGAUAAACAUAUCGCCACCAUCUCUUAACUGAAAGAUUUAAUCCAAACGGGUCUUUCACUAAAAUAUUACUUACAGUACAGCUGGCAUAUUUUAUUAUUUCAGGGUGAACUUGAUUAUGAGAUUCAAGAAAAUGACAGGGUAAUUUUUAUAUCCACACUACAUGGGGGCUGACCAAGUAACUACAAAAGGAACAAGUGGAUAUUGUAUAAACUCAUCUCUCCACUAUAUCAUCAACUGCAUAUAAAUAUUUCAAAUAAUGCAUCUAUGAUUCUAUGUUUUAGUUUGUUUGCUUGUUGGAUGUUUUUACAAUGAAUUGAAAGGGAAAAAAGCUGAGCACUGACACAUUUACAAAGAAGGUAUGAAUCAAAUAAUCACAGAUGUAGUUUAAUUUUUGUUUAAUAUAAACUAGUCCCUCACAGGAUCAUUACAUUUGGCAACAAUCUUUGUCUCCCAUCUUUACAAACAAUUACAUACAUGGAAAUCAUGUGUUAAGAAAUUAGACCAGGUAUUGAUUCAUAACAUGUAAAAAAGGUGGUUGUGUUCACCUUGAACACUUAUUAUAUAUUUAUGAAACAUGUCACUUAAAUAAAAUGAGUUUAUUUUUCUAAGAGCACUGAUACUCAACAAUUCUAAAACUUAUUAACGUGAGUUAUUGAAAUGAAAAAUAUCCUGAUAACAUAACUUAUUAUACUGC